CCCUUUCCCUUCUUUCAGCCCCUCUUCGGACGCCUCUCUCUCUCACUCUCUCAAUCCCGAGAAAAAUGGCCGACAAAUCGGAAUCCGGGAAAACCGACCACGGGCCAUUCUCGACCGUCGGAUCGAACGCCGCGAGAUACAAGUCGAUGUCGCCAGCUAAGCUGCCGAUCUCGAGGACCACGUGUCUGACGAUCCCGCCCGGUCUGAGCCCAACGUCGUUGCUCGAGUCGCCGGUCCUGCUCUCGAACAUCAAGGCAGAGCCCUCCCCAACUACUGGUACAUUUUCCAUGCCCCUUAUUAUGCAUGAUGCUGUUGGUUCUGACACAUUCUCUUCUCCAAGGGACACUACCAAUAACAGUACAUGUGAUGAGGGAAGCUCCGGUGAAUUUGAGUUCAAACCCCACACUAGAUCAGGCUCUGGGUCAAACCUAUCUUCAUUGGGUCAUUUGGCUUCUGCGGCUUCAAAUUACCAGCAAUGCAAGCCAUUUGUGCAAGCCCAAGGUCAACAUCAGUCUCAGACAUUUUCAUCUCCACCUGUUCUGAUGAAGGAUGUGGAAGGCUCUUCUCAUGAUCUGACUCUCUCCGUAACAGCUUCGAAUGUGCCAGCCUACACAGCCACUUUGAGGAACACUGCACCUACUGAAGUUGCUUCUGAUGAAUCACAACAGAGACAUGACUCUGAGAGGGGGACCCAAGCAUUGCAAUCUGAUCACAAAGGACCUAGUCCUUUGGUCACAAAUGACAAAUCGUCGGAAGAUGGGUACAACUGGCGAAAAUAUGGGCAGAAGCUUGUUAAAGGUAGUGAAUUUCCACGGAGCUAUUACAAAUGCACGCAUCCGAACUGUCAAGUCAAAAAGCAAUUGGAACGCUCUUAUGAUGGGCAGAUCACGGACAUUAUCUAUAAGGGGACUCAUGAUCAUCCUAAACCUCAGUCGGGCCGUCGUUUGAUGGUUGGUCCAACUGUUUCCAGCCAAGUAGAAGAACGAUCUGAUGGGUUUUCUUCUUUAAUUAAUGGGGAAGCCAAGACAUUGAACGCACAUGGCCAGACACCUCACCAGAUUGACCCAAAUGGUACACCUGAGCUUUCUCCUAUUUCAGCAAGCGAUGAUGAUAUAGAAGGUGUGGCCCCAAGAUCCAACAAGAUUGGCGAUGAGGUUGACGACGAUGAUGAUCCAGAGUCGAAGCGCAGAAAGAUGGAGAAUGGCGGUAUAGAUGUUACUGCAGUGGGCAAACCAAUCCGGGAGCCACGAGUUGUUGUACAAACACUGAGUGAGGUUGAUAUCCUGGACGAUGGGUAUCGCUGGCGCAAAUACGGGCAGAAAGUGGUGAAAGGGAAUCCUAAUCCAAGGAGUUACUACAAAUGCACAAAUGCUGGAUGCCCUGUGAGGAAGCAUGUCGAGAGGGCAUCACACGAUCCAAAGGCAGUGAUAACCACAUAUGAGGGCAAGCACAACCAUGACGUACCAUCUGCGAGGACUAGCAGCCAUGACAAUGCCGGGCCCAUGACUUUAAAUGACGCCAACGCUCUUAAUAGCCACAUGCCAGCAGCGCUGAACGGCUUGUUACGGACUGAGGACACCGCAAGGAUGAUGAUUCCCCACCCCUAUGACCGACAACAAGAAAGUGAUAUGAUCAGCCUCAAUCUAGGCGUUGGGAUCGGCUCAAAUCCUGAAAAUAGAUCGAAUGACAACAAACACAUGCUAAAUACAGAGCAAGCGCAGACCCAAAUCCAGGUCACUGGCUCAGGUUAUAGUAAGUCGAAUCAAGUGGACCCCGUUUCUGCAUACUAUGGUGGUUCAAAAGAUGGGUCAGAUCUUUAUCGGUCUAGAGAAGACCAGGCAGAGAGUUUUAGCUUCAAGACCCCAAUUUUAAACCAUUCCACCAAUCCAUAUCGGCAGAAUGUCGGAAGAUUAGUGAUGGGUCCGUAAGAUCAUUAAAAAUGGCCCCCACCUAAAUCCUGUAGAACAGCUUGGGAGCUGAAAUGUGGGCCAUGGGCACUGUUGUUGACUUCUGCGAAUGCCGUGGAUGUUCUUCAUGAAAGGCAAGCCUCUCAUGCUGUAGCAUAACUCGUUCUCUAUGCAGCAUGUCUCUGGUCUUUAGAGAUUUUGUUGCAUGAUCAUGUAACUGCUGCUGGAAAUUUCUAUUUGUUGUCGUAUUAUCAACAACCGUGUAAGCUAUCGACUUGUGUACAAAUAUUUUCUGAAUUUAAUGCAGGUAAUGGUUUGGAUUUU